AUGUCGCAGCAAAAGCAGUUUCACCACGCGAAAGCUCUUGGCGCCAUGCGCUACGUGUAUCAAAGAGUUGUGGGUAAGCCGCUCCUGGUGCACUUCGUGAUGGCUGACGCGGACAAGGGACAACAGAACGCAGUUGAAGAGAUUUACUUAAAUAAGAAGGCAAAAGCCGAUUUACCGUAA